AUGCCUAUCAACUUUCUGGCAACGGUGGCCAAGGAGGGCACGCAAGUGAUUCCGAAAUAUGAGCAGCUCAAGAGAUAUGGUCCGUAUGUUGUUGGAGCGCUCGCAACCAAAUUCUAUUUCUCGGGCUCCUCAAACACAUGGGAGCGGAACAUGCAUGGCCGAGUGGUGAUUGUCACAGGAGGCACAUCCGGGCUGGGAGCGACGGUUGUACGCCGCCUGGCGAAAGAAGGUGCACAAGUUAUUUUGCUGGUACGAAAGCUUGACGACGGGUGGCUUUCUGAACACAUAUCCUCAUUGCGGGAAGAGACCAACAACCCUCUGAUUUACGCAGAAGAGGCUGAUCUCGCCGAUUUCCAGUCAGUUCGCAAGUUCGCUACCAAAUGGAUUGACAAUUUGCCGCCCCGCAGACUGGACAUGGUCGUUUGUUGCGCGGCAGUUGCCUUGCCUCCGUCUGUUGAAAGACAAGCAAGUAAAGACGGCCUUGAGCUCCAAAUGCAAACAAACUACCUCGCGCAUUUCCAUCUUUUGACACUCCUGUCUCCGGCUAUUCGAUCGCAACCGCCUGACCGUGAUGUCCGUAUUAUCUUGACCUCUUGUGUUGCUGGUGUGAUGGGAAAGAUCGAUAUGAACGAUCUUGGGUUCCAGCACCAACAAUACCCCAAGUACAAGCCAUACAAGGUACUUGGAACAUCAAAGCUCGCUCUUUCACUAUUUGCCUAUGAGCUGCAGCGUCAAUUCACAGAGUACCAGCGUCAGGAUGGCGCACCGUCUAAUGUGCAUGUUGCCGUUGUUGACCCUGGAAUGAUGCGAUCACCGUCUUUCCGCAGAUUCGUUACGUUUGGAUCUCUGUGGGGAUUGCUGCUGUACUUGAUCAUGUGGCCUAUCUGGUGGAUUUUUUGCAAAUCCAGCUUAGAAGGUGCCCAGUCUCUGUUUUUUGCCAUGAUGCUGCCUGAUGUUCAGUAUAUGACCGAUGUUGCAUAUAUUUCAGACUGUAGAGUCCGUCAAAAGCCUCCGCGCAAAGAGUUUGAAGAUAAAGAGUUUCAACAAGAGUUGUUCAAACAAACCGAAAAGCUCAUCACUGACACCGAGCGCUUUUCGGCUAAAAAACGUAAAUAA